UUUUUUUGUAUCCUCCUCUGCAAAUUGAAGGGCCGCACGAUUUUAGUGGCAAUAACACUACCUCUCUCUCUCUCUCUCUCUCGAUCCAAAUUCAAAAAAAAAAUUGUUCAUCUUUCUUCUUGCCCAGAAAAAUAAAAUUAAAAUUCACAUUUAAAGUUUCAAUCUUUGAGUUGCCUUUUCAGGGUUCUGUCGGGGAGGAAGUGAAAAAGAUGUUUAGAUCCUCGCCACGGAGAGGACAGAGAUCAAAGGGGUUCAAGGUGAAGCAUUGUAUACAGCUGACUCUGUUGCUUGGCGUUGGGAUAUGGUUGCUUUAUCAAGUGAAGCAUUCUCAUGAGAAGAAGGCUUUGUUUGAAGAGAGUGCGAAGGCUGUUGUUGGUGAGAGAGUUGUGAAGCUUGGGAGGAAAGAUCUUAACCCUGGUGUUGUCGUUGAGGAAGAAGGUGAGAGUUUUAAUGAUAAAGAGGAUGAGACAAGAAAUGAUGAGGUUGGAGAGGAUAAGGAGAAGGAAAGUGAGGGAAGUGGGAAUGAUGAUUCGUCCAAUAGUGAAGAAAGUAGUGAGGUUGAGGUGAAGGAUGAGAAUGGCGGUGCAGAAGAAAGCGAGGAGAGUAAAGAGAAGAAUGAGACUGAGAUUGAAGAGAAUAAAGAAAAUAGCGGAGGUACCGAAGAACGCGAGGAGAGUAUAACUGAGGAGAAGAAAGACAAUGACGGUACAGAAGAGAGUGAGGAGAGUAAAGAGAAGAGUGAUACAGAGGAGAAGAUAGAGGAGGUGACUGAUGAGAGUGAAGGGAAGGAGAAGAAGGAUGGUGAAGGUGAAGAAGCAAGAGAGAAUAAUUACAAGGGAGAUGAUGCUUCUAGUGAGGUGGUUCAUGAGACAGAUGAGAAGACUGGUGAGAAGGUGGAAGUGGAGGAAGACAAGACUGGAGAACCGGAAGACGCUGUUAUUAAGAGUGUUUUGUCGACUGAUAAUGAGGGAAGCAGCAGUGACGAGAAGAACACUGGUUCGUCCUCAGAUGAAAUAAAAUCUGGGGGUGAAUCUAUGGAGAAUAAUGAGAUGGUGGAGAAGGAAGGGUUUAAUGAUUCUAAUGGUGACUUGCCUGAGUCUAAUCAUUCACCAUCUAAUGCAACAGAGACUAAUGAUGAGUCUGAGUCUACUAUAAAGACGGGUGAAGAUGAGACCAGGAAGUCAACAGGAUCUGAAGAUGGAAGUUCUCAAGAAACAAAAAAAGAAGAAGAAGAUGGGAAAGAGAAAGUAGAAUCUUCUGAAGUCUCAUCUCAAAAAGAAAGUAAAGACAAGGAAACAGAGACAAAAGAGAAAGAAGAGUCUUCGUCUCAAGAGGAAAGUAAAGACAAGGAAGCAGAAACAAAAGAGAAAGAAGAGUCUUCAUCUCAAGAGGAAACUAAAGAAGGAGAAACCGAGACAAAAGAGAUGGAAGAGUCUACGUCUCAAGAAGAAUCUAAAGACAAAGAAACCGAGACAAAGGAGAAGCAAGAGUCUUCGUCCCAAGAAGAAACUAAAGACAAAGAAACCGAGGCAAAGGAGAAGGAAGAGUCUACGUCUCAAGAGGAAACUAAAGACAAAGAAGCUGAGACAAAGGAGAAAGAAUUGUCAUCUUCUCAAGAGGAAUCUAAAGACAAUGAAACUGAGACAAAAGAGAAAGAAGCUUCUAUAUUGCAAGAGAAGAAUGAAGACAAGGAAACCGAGAAAGUUGUGAAAGAGGAAGAGUCUUCGUCUCAAGAGGAAGCAAAAGACAAAGAAACGGAGACAAACGAGAAAGAAGAGUCCUCUUCCCAAGAGAAACCAGAAGACAAGGAACCUGAGAAAAUCGAGAAAGAAGAGUCUUCUUCCAAUGAUUCACAGGGAAAUGAAAGUACUGAUAGUGAGAAGAAGGAACAAGUUGAGGAAACUGAGAAACAAGACACAAGUUAUUCCAGCAAAGAAAAUGGCAACACUGAAGAAAAGCAAUCAGAGGAUGCUUCAGAAACUUCACAAACAGAGUCAGACAACAAGAAUGGUGAGAUAGAAGAGGUGGUGAAUCAGAACGAUCAAGAGCAUUCUGAUGCAUCUUCAGACAAUAGCCUUCCUCAAGAAAUGAAAGAUGUCCGUACUGAUCUUGAAACUUUGCCAGAUUCUGGCAAUGGUGGUGGCAACAGUGAUAACGUUGCAGCUGAGUAGUAGAUGUCCUCAUGCUUGAUCAGAUCAUCCCGUUGUUGUUGUUUAGUAGAGAGAGUUUACGAGAUUCAGUUUGUUGUCAUGUAAUUUGUUGUAAUCUUUCUUUUACAUAUUGACUCUAUUUUUUUACAAUCAAAUUCUUGAAAACUUUA